CGUCGCCCGUACGAAUUCAGUAGUUGUGCGGUUGGGCUGUCUAAAAACGCUGCAAAAUCAGCGAUCUUGGUCUGUUCGUGUUUGAGAAACGCCGUAAUAAAGUGGUACCUGUCCCCGUCCUCAUAUCUGCCCCAUCGUAGACGCUAGAACCGGGAUGGCGUCCUCCAUGAGACUCCUGGUGUGCGGCGAUGUCGGCGGUCAGUUUGACAAACUUUUUGACCGCGUGUCGAGGGUCAAUGAGAAGCACGGGCCUUUUGACAUGCUGCUUUGCGUCGGCGACUUCUUCGGGCCCGACACUUCGCUAUGGCUUCAAUACAAGCUCAGCGGCCGCAAGGUCCCCCUGCAGACAUACGCCGUUGGCAUCACGCCCGAGUCGUAUUCAGACUCGGACCUCGCGGACAACGUCGUCCACUUGGGUUCCCGUGGAAUAUUUACCGGUGCUUCGGGACUCAAGAUUGCCUACUUUUGCGGAAACGAGAGUAAAGAUGGCAAACCUUCCAGGGGCGAGUUUGUCAAGAAGGAAGCGGUCGAAUUCUUGACCCCGAUCGUCGAAAGUACAAGCCACAAGGGCAUAGACCUGUUCAUCACAUCCCAGUGGCCGAAGAACGUGAGCAAAUACGCUCACACCGCGUCCGCUGAAGAAGAAAAUGGUUCGGACGUCAUAUCUCUACUCGCCUUCUUUCUCCGGCCUAGAUGCCACUUCACGUCAUCCGGAGACACAUACUACGAGAGGACUCCGUACAGGAACCACAAGGUGCUCCAGGAGCAAGCUCGCCACGUUACGCGAUUCAUAUCACUGGCCUCCGUCGGCAACGCGACCAAGGCCAAGUGGCUUUACGCCUUCUCGAUGGAUCCCAUGUCGAGCAUUACGAAUGCGGAGCUCGUGAAGCAGCCCACCGACGUGACCGAAUGUCCGUACGAGUUCAGCGAGUCGGACCUCAAGGACGCGUCAUCCAAGUCGCAGCAGUUCUUCUACGACCUCACGCCGGCCGCGGAAAAGGGCAAGAAACGAAACCGCGAUUCCGGAGACAGGCAAGAGCGCAAGAAGCGACCCCCUCCAGCCCCCAAGGGACCCUGCUGGUUUUGCCUGGCCAGUCCCGAAGUGGAGAAACACCUGGUCAUCAGCAUCGGCGAAAGCUGUUCUGCGCUGGCCAAAGGAGCGCUCACUCCGGAUCACGUGCUCAUACUGCCCAUCGGUCACCAUCAGAGUACGGUCGAAUUGGACGAGGAGACACUGGAAGAUGUCGUGAAGUUCAAGGAAAGCUUGAAGCAGUACUUCAAAUCAAAGAAUAAGCGACCUGUCUUUUUCGAAAGGAACUAUAAGAGCUCCCACCUGCAGAUCCAGGUCGUGCCUGUGCCCGAGCCGUUGAUGUUAGGUCUCCAGUCCGUGCUAGUGGACUACGGCAUGUCGCUCGGUGUAGACUUAGACGAAAUACCCCGAAACUCGAGCCUUCGCCAGAUUGUGGACCCCGGGCGGCCCUACUUCUACAUGGAGUUUGAUAACACCAAGUUGCUGCAUAGGAUUAAGAAGAACUUUCCUCUCCAGUUCGGCAGGGAAGUGCUGGCUUGUGAAGAAGUUCUUAAUCUGCCGGACAAAGCAGACUGGAAAGACUGCAAAAUGUCUAGAGAUGAGGAAGUGGCGAUGGUGGCUGAAUUUCGAAAACAGUUUGAGCCCUUUGACUUUACGUUGUGAUGCAUUGUAUGCGUUGUAAAUAGACAAGAUAACAUUGGUGGCUUAUCA